ACAAAACCUCCACAUACCAAUAUCGUAGAAACACUAUAUAAAUGGACCAAACAUUUCAUGAACCAAAUUAAUUCUAUCUUAUUAGUCCCCUCAAACUAUGAUGUGCUACAGAAUGUUUAUGGCUAUGUGGAUGGCUAUGUGCUUGGUACCUAUUGCCACCGUAUCACCGAAUUCAGUGCUGAUUAGAUCCCUAUCACCGGAUGAUAUUGUCGUAUACAUUCCAAACCACAUCAUAGUAUACCGUGAUGGCCGAUAUGAAAAACUCAUCGAUUGUGAUACCACUCCCGCGGGGAUUGAUCCUUCUUCCGGAGUUCAAUCUAAAGACGUGGUUAUCUUACCCGACGCUCCUCUCUCCGCCAGGCUUUACAUUCCCAAACCCCAAAACCGCCUAGUCAAAAAGCUACCCCUUUUAUUCUACUACCACGGCGGCGGUUUCAUAUGUGGAACUGCCGCUGAACCAAACACGCAUAACUUUUUAAAUCUCAUCGCGGCGGAAUCCAACGCCAUAAUAGUUUCUGUAGACUACCGAACUGCGCCGGAUAAUCACAUCCCCACAGCCUACGACGAUUCAUGGGAAGCAAUCAAGUGGGCCGCGCAACACGUUGACGGGAAUGGACCGGAGUCAUGGCUUAACGAAUACGCCGAUCUCGGACACGUGUUCUUCGCGGGCGUAAGCUCAGGCGCCAAUAUUGCCCACCAAAUGGCAAUCCGGGUCGGGUCAGAAAACCUGGGUGGGAGCAUAAACCUUGAGGGAAUCAUCCUGCUCCACCCAUUUUUUUGGGGAACAACAUCCGUCGGGUCGGAAGAUCCGAACUCCGAGUAUAUUGAGUAUGUUGAAAUGAUAUGGACAUUUGCCUUCCCCGAAACAAGUGGGCUAGAUGACCCGUUUCUUAACCCGGCUAUGGAUCCGAAACUCUCGAAUCUGGGAGGCUCCAAAGUACUUGUUUAUGUUGCCGAACUUGAUGAUUUACGAAACCGGGGGUGGUAUUACAAGUACAUUUUGGAUCAAAGUGGGUGGAAGGGGAAGAUAAACGUUAUUGAGGACAAAGGGGUGGGGCAUGCGUACUUCUUAUCCGACCCUUCUCUUGAAAGUACUCAGGCAAUGCGCACCAACAUUUCUACCUUCAUCAACACUUAAGCAGCCUAAUUGGUUUCAAUACUCACAUAUAUAAUCUACAGUUGAUCUAGUUUCAUGAAUAAAGCUGGACCAAUCAUUCUACGUUUGUCUGUAUGCUUUUGUUUUAUUCAUAGAUAUAAUCUAUAGUUAAUCUUUCAUGAGUAAAGCUGGACCAAUAUUUCUAGAUAUUAUCAUGAAUUCAUUGGGCCUAUUAUUUACACCAUGGGGCCAUCAUCAUUUAA